CUGUAUCUGAGACGUCACCCUGAGGUUGUUUAGAAAUGACCAGCAGUUAUUAAAAACAUCCAAGCUUGAUUGAGGUGGAGGUCGACCAUCUGUUUGGUGCAGUUGAGGGUCAAAGGACAGGAAGGAAUUCGGAUAGCAACAAAGAUGGAGACAAACGGCAUCAAUGAAAAAAUAAUUCUCACUAAACCUGAAACCAAAGAACACAGUUAAUCAAAUACCUGCUGAAAGGCAUUCAAACGUCGAACAGCAGGAAUUUUGAGUAACAAAUGUUGUUUUAUGGUAACUUUGACGAACAGAAGAAAUGAUCUGAAUGCAUCACUGUGGGAACUCCGGCUGCUUAUCUGUGAAAUUGUACCAGAUUAUUUUUUUAAAAAGCAACUAAAGCCAGAGGUUUUAUUCCAUUUCUAUUUUUUUCUGCUGGCUCAGGUCCAGACAGGCCAUCGCGUCCUGCCGUGAUGGCUCCCUCCAGCCCUCCCGCUCCUCUCCUCCACCUGCUGCUCUGUGCGCUGAUGGCCGACCUGCGUUUGGCUUACAUCACGCACGGCAACUUCAUCUACUACUCCAGGAGCCAGGACCCUCAGCCGUGCAGCACGACUUCAGUUUCCGACUGCAGAUGUAAGAACUUCCAGCUGUCCAGCGCCCACAGGCCCCUGUCUCACUCCACUCCCGCUUUCCAGGGGAAACACUUGACUGUGUGGUUCUCGUCUCCUGCCACCGUGAUGCGUCUGCUGAACAACUCGGAAGUGAGGCACCUCACGCUCAUCCACUGCGGGCCUCCCGGGGAGCCCCGGGGGACGGCCUCGUUCUCUCAGGAGGGUUACUUUGCGGUGCAGCGCUUGGAGAGGCUGACGGUGGUGAACGUGCCCGAGAGGCCGUUUCACCCCUGCACCGACGCCAACUGCGCCAAGAGAACAAACACCAACCAAGACAGAGACAACAGCUUUGCAUUUGACUCAAACAAGUCCAACAAGGACAGGGACACCAACAUGGACCUCGUUGCUGAGGCAAUGAGAAGCUCUUUCAGAGCGUCCUCGCCUCAGAUCCAGGACAUCUUCCUGGGCCGGGAGCGCGGAGCGGCGCACCACGAACAGGCCCGACUGGGAAUCAUCCAUAGCUCCGUGCUGGACUGGGGAGCCGAGAUCAAAACGUACACGGUGCUGACACACAUAGACAGUGAUGGGACGCUGCCUUUCCCUGACCUUCACCUGGCAAAAUUACCAGAGGCGUCGGUCAUCUAUGUCAGCUUUGUGUACUGACAAAAGACUUACUACGAACCACCGAUAGCAUAACACAGGCCUCGAUUUGGACCUACACUUUGAAUAUGGUCCGUGGGUCAAUGAAAUGUGAUAUAAAAAGGUUGUUGGUUUACAUAUUACUCUGUCUUUUUAGGCUCGCUACAGGCAUCUGGUGUAAGAUAACACAGUACAUCACCAUUCUUAAAGUUUACAUUCAAAUAAGUUCGAACAACAAACCCUCUAGAUCCUAGUUUGUUAUAAAAUAGUUACCUGGUUUGGUAGAUACAAGUCUUUUCCACGCCAAGAAAUUUAGAAAAUGACAAAACAUUGUUCUUCUUGUUUUUAAAGUUAAUAUAAUUGUCUUAAUUGACAGCCCAACCCUUUCUGUUUCUGUGGAAAAGGAGCUAUAACUUUUGUUUUGAAAAUCUUUUGAUAGGACUACUCCAUCACAGAGAGGCAUCUUUGGGUCACCAAGUCUCCAUAUUAACCAUCAGAUAAUAUUUAUUUGCAGGGGGAAAAAAAACCAUAAGGAAUCUUGUUCUGUCCUCUUAUCACAAUUGAUGUUUGAACGUAGCUAGAAGCUACAGGAACAUUAACUUGAUCUGUGUGUGUAGCAUUUCAGUGAUAAACACCCCACAUGUUUUUGGUGUGAAAUCAAGCGUUAAGAUGUGGAAAGGCACCUCAAGCUCAUUGUUGGGUACGGUGGAGGAUCUGUAAUGCUUCAGACAUGGUCUCUUCUAAAGGACAUGGAAAACGUUUUAGGGAACAUGAUAUCGCAAACUCUUUCAAACACCAGGAUAUGUAAAGAGAAAAAAAUCCCCGCUUAAUUGUGAAUUACAAACCAGAUCGAGUUUCUUUUAUGGCCACCUAACUACACAAAGAAAACAGGCUGAGUGAGCUGAAGAGAAUUGGCACAGGGUGAACUCAGACUCAAACAGAAAUAAGAACCUGACAGAAUCUAUUUUUUUUUCUUGAGUGAGGUUUUUCAACUGUAACCAAAGAUAAACACGUGUUAAGGGUUGUCAAACAUUUGUACAAGGGUGCCAACAAUUGGGUCACAUGGUUGUGUUAUUUCUUCUUGCUUUGUUACCAAAGCCUUAAACUUUUCACAGACCACUAAAGCAUGCUCACAAUGCAAACAAUGGAAAGCACUCAGAGCUCGGCACACCAUGUGUCCUUUGUUUCCAGCUGCUGUUUAUAUACUGAUCUGAUCUUUCAACAUUUGUGUUUGUGAGGUUUCAGUACAAAGUGCUGCACAGAUGCAGCUUCCUGUUUGUUUGAGCCCCUUGACAAUAGCUGGCAGCAUCAUGGUUCUGCACUUGAUCAACAUCUGGGUUUAGCACCCUUUGCAGAGAAACAAAAGGAGAAGUCCAAACCAAAGAGGGCAGUCGGGAUAUUUUGUUGCAGCAUAAACAUCUCUCAGUUCAUCUUUUAUGUUUUAAUCCUGACCUCUGCUUCCUUCUUUCUCAUCAGAGGUUCGAGGUUUGUUUACAGUGAAGUGAGUCAGAUGUACUUCAGAGUGUGGGCCACAAGGUGGCAGCAGAUAUGUUUGAGUAAAUUACAGCGACGAUGAAGAACAGACGACUGAGAGCGUAAAUGUUUUUCUUGUAUACAGUUAAUAUAAACCUGAAAUGUAACAUGAGUUGCUAUCGAUUAUAAAUGGUUUUGCAUAUUUAUUUGUUGUGUUGCUAUGGAAACGUAUUAACAGUCCGUCAUCAGAGUCUAUUUAAUUUCAUAAGCAACAAAUAAAUUAUCUUUAUAAUAAUAAUUUGCUGUCCAAAUUUAAUUUUUUUCAACUUCAAUCACCAAUAUUGCAUUUUAAAUUUUAAAAUGGAUAAAAUUGCAAUGCAAUAUUGUGGACAGUUAUGCAAGUUAUGUAAUUUCUGGGAUGUCUGAAAUAAUUGCUUUGCAUCACAGGUAUAGAAAUGUCACUUUUAUAUGCGUCUCCAUUCAGAAACAUAUAUGUAAUUUAUUUAUACCUGCAUCUCCAAAAAUUUAAAUAAUGUCAAAAAAUAGGAUAUUAAUUUCAAUUUAGUUAAAUUCAAAUGAUAUUUGAAAUUGAUUGUAAUUUCCAACUAAUUUACGUACUGUUGAUAUAACAGUAGAAGCCACUUCUGACUUCACAUUUUUACAGAUCACAAGUGAAACAUGUGAGAUUUCUCCCCAGCUGUGAAUUUUCAAAAAAAUAAA